GCUAUUCGUGAUAUCAAACGACCAUUAGAAAAUUUCGAAGUGGGAACAUUAGCCUGCGAUUUAGUUUGGUCAGAUCCAGACACCAAUCCUUAUAGCAAAGGAUUUCGUAUAAAUUAUGAACGAGAGCCAGAUAGAGGCAUAGGACAGUUAUUUGCAUCGAAUACUGUACAGGAAACAUGCAGGAAAUUGGGCAUCGAUAUGAUUAUUCGUGGACAUCAAGCUCCAUUACAUGGUUAUGCUCUUUUCUCGGAUGGUUGUUUAAUGACUUUAUUUUCUGCUCCUGGAUAUCGAGGAGGAUGUGAUGGUGGCAUUAAUAUGGGUGCUUCAAUCGUGAUAUCUAUCGAUAUGCACAUAACGAUUAAGCAGGUUUAA